GGACCAAUUCUGCCAAAAAAAUGGGAAGUUGAAUGGAACACAAACAAAAGGAAAUGAAUAAAUUAAUUAAAGAAGUACAGGGACCGGAUAUGUAAAUCAAGGGAUCAAACCUGGACAAAGAUAUCGGGUAGAAAAUUGAACUAUAAAAAAGGAAGAAACUGAACCGUGUAUGGUGUGGUCGACGUUGUGAAAAGGCGUUUGUGGUCAAAGAUGGAGGUGUGGCGGAAGAUGUAGUGGUACCGUAAAUGUUUCAGAUUAAAUUUCAUAAUCUCCCAAUUUGCUCGCCUCUCUCGUCUGCUCUCACUAUAGAUUCCCUCCCCUGCUCGCCGCCGUAUGCCGUCGCCAAAGCCACCGGCCGGUGACCUUCGAUAGCCACAGCUACAUCGUCGCACCCCACCCCACCCCAGAUAAAAUGGCGGGAAACAAAGGAUAACUAGGGCACACUUCUCUGCCGAUUGAUCCGCUUCCCUCAUAGCAGAUACUCGGGUUCUCAACAAAAUGGAGGAAAUUGAUAUCGAUGAAGAGGAGUUCGGAUUUUCAAGAAAUUAUUUCUUAGCAAAAGAGUCUGGAAAGUCGGGGAAGAAAUCAGCCAGAAAGCUUUCCGAAAUUGAUCUUGUUGAUGAACAGGAACUUCGAGCUGAGGUGUCUAACAUUGAGCCAAAGCAUGAGAAAGAAAUUGCUUCAUUGAUAAAUAGUUACAAAAGUCAGUACAAUGACUGGGUUUUUGAGUUGAGGUAUGGUUUUGGUCUUCUAAUGUAUGGUUUUGGAUCUAAGAAGAGUUUGAUUGAAGAUUUUGCUUCAACAGCCUUAACUGAGUACAGUGUGAUUGUUGUUAAUGGAUAUCUUCAGUCAAUCAAUCUUAAACAGGUUGCCACUACAAUGGCUGAAGUAGUAUGGGAACAAUUAAAAGGGUUGCAUGAUAAAGAUGAACAGCCAUUUGAUUCGAGGUCAAUGGAUGAUGUUAUUGGUUUUCUUGAUGGGCCCCACCCGUACACAGAAGAACAAGAAUGUUUAGUGUGUCUUGUGAUUCACAAUAUUGAUGGGCCUGGAUUGCGUGAUUCCGAUUCUCAACAUCUUCUAUCAAGAAUUGCUUCUUGUUCCCAUGUUCGUAUUGUUGCUUCCAUAGACCAUGUGAAUGCACCUCUAUUGUGGGACAAGAAAAUGGUUCAUGUGGAGUUCAAUUGGUGUUGGCAUCAUGUGCCUACUUUUGCAGCAUACAAGAUUGAAGGAGUCUUUCAUCCUCUUAUUCUUGCUCAUGGUGGCACCUCUCAAACUGUAAAAACAGCUUCAAUUGUCUUACACAGUUUGACACCAAAUGCUCAAUCUGUCUUCAAAGUUCUUGCACAACAUCAAUUAGCCCAUCCUGAUCAAGAAGGAAUGCCGAUUGAUACAUUGUUCACUAGCUGUAGAGAGCGGUUUCUGGUGAGCAGUCAAGUGACAUUGAAUUCCCAUUUGACCGAAUUCAAAGAUCACGAAUUGGUCAAAAUCAGAAGACACUCUGAUGGACAAGAUUGCCUCUACAUUCCUCUCUCCAAAGAUGCACUUGAAAAACUUGUGCUUGAGAUCAACCAAUAAGAGCUUUCUGCAACCCCUGUGCUGACCCAUACUGUCCUGCCCAAAAACAACUAAUAAGGUUUCUUGUCAGUUGAAUGAUUUCGGAAGGACACGAUUAAUUUAGGUGUCAUGUGCACUUCCUGAAAAGGAGGCACACGAAUUGUAACGAUUCAUUAUGUUUGAAAUACUUGUUCAGAUUAUCUGUUUUUGAUUUAUGAC